AUGGCCUCCAGAGGCGCGGCCGCGCUUCUGCCAUCGCGCCUGGCCGUGAUGGCACCACGCGCGGGCCAUGUCCAUGUCGGCGUCAGGUUAGCUGCCCAGGCUAGCAUGGCGACCUUUAGACAUCCACGGUUGGGCUCGGGGAGCCCUCUUUUCCUCCGCUCCUUUUCCUCCGCUCUUGGGACGUCUCGCCCACUUUUGCCGACACCGCAGACUUUGCGGUUUGCCCGCUUCGAAUCGACCUCAGCACUACCCAAGCCCGCCGCCGACAAGGAGGAGGGCAAGGAUGGCAAGGUUGACAAGGCCAAGGUAUCGACUUCCGUCAAGGUUCACCCUGGCAUGCUGCCCGUACAGACCAAGGCGGACUCUGCGUCGGUCAUGAAGCUCCUCUCGCUCGCCAAGCCACAGUGGAAGUUGCUCACGGUGGGCGUUACAUGUCUUGUGAUUUCGACCGGUGUUUCGCUCGCUGUCCCAUACGUUAUCGGCAAGAUUAUCGACUUUUUCGCUCCAGGCUCAAAAGAGAACCUUCUGUUUGGCCUCCCGCUCGAGCAGGCGGCUGGCGUCCUCGCCAUCGUACUCUUGAUCGGCGCAAUCGCCAACUCGGGCCGCAGUAUCUGUCUCCGCCUCGCCGGCCAGCGCACCGUCGCCCAGAUCCGUAACAAGACGUACCGUCAGUACCUCGCUCUCCCGCCGUCGCACAUUGAAACUGCUGGCGUCGGCGACGCGCUCUCCCGUCUGGGCCAGGAUUCGUCGAUUGUCGGCCAGUCGCUCUCCGAAAAUCUCGGUGAGGGUCUCAAAGCAGUCAUGGGUGCCGGUGUUGGCGUCGGCGCCAUCUACCUCAUCUCGCCGAAGCUGUGCAUGGUCAUGCUCCUGCUUUUUCCGCCAAUCUCUGUCGGCUCGUACUUUUACGGCCGGUAUAUCCGCAAGCUGUCGCUCAAAACGCAGGAGGCACUCGGCAACAUGUCCAAGCUUGCCGAGGAGCGUUUGUCCGCGCACCGCACGGUGACGGCUUCCAACACCCAGCCGUCUGAGCGGGCGCUGUUUGCAGGCAAGGUUUCCGACGUGUUCAACCUGCAGAAGAAGGAGACGUACGCGAAUGGCAUCUUCCAGGGCUCGAACGAGGUCGCCGGCGACUUUGCCAUGAUCGGCCUUCUGAUCUACGGCGGCAUUCUUGUCCAGCGUGGCGAGGUGACUGUCGGUGACAUGACCACCUCGCUCAUCUACGUCAACUGGAUCGAAUGGAGUCUCAACACUCUCGCUGGCUUCUUCACCGGUCUGAUGCGCGGUGUUGGUGCGUCGCAACGCAUCACUUCGCUCCACGCUCUCCCAUCGCCUGUCCCUCUGUCUGUCGGCUCCAAGGUCGUGUCCGCUGAUGCCGGUCCGAUCGAACUCCGUGACGUCGCGUUCGCCUACCCCACGCGCCCUGACGUCAAGGUGCUCGACGGCGUCAACCUUCGCAUCGACCAGGGUGAGCAGGUCGCUCUUGUGGGCGGCAGUGGCAGCGGCAAGUCAUCGAUCCAGCUGCUCCUACUUCGUUUCUAUGAUCCUACCGGCGGCCAGGUUCUCUUCGGUGACAAGGAUAUCCGUGACUUUGAGCCCGAGUCGUGGCGCAAGCGCAUCGGCUACGUCCCACAGGACCCGAUCCUUUUCGGCGGAACGAUUGAGGACAACAUCAAGUACGGACAUCCUGAGGCGACGCGCGAGGACGUUGUGGCAGCCGCUGCUAUCGCGCACUGCGAUUUCAUCGCGCGGAUGCCUGAGGGAUUCAACACGAUCAUCACGAAGGCGUCGCUGUCCGGCGGCCAGCGCCAGCGCAUUGCUAUCGCGCGCGCUCUGGUCGGCAAGCCGUCAGUCCUGCUCAUGGACGAGGCGACGAGUGCCCUCGACUCGGAGUCGGAGCGCGCCGUCAACGCCGCUCUCGACAAGCUCUUCAACGACACGGACAUCACUGUCAUUCUCAUCGCGCACCGUCUCUCGUCUAUCGCCCAGGCUGACCGCGUCGUUUAUCUCGAGGGCGGCGCCAUCAUGGAGGACAGCUCGUACGAUGACCUCAUCACUCGCCCUCAUGGUCGCUUCCGCAAGAUGGUCAAGGGCCAGAUGGCCAAGAUUAAGGACCCCGUCGAUGAGGACAAGAUUGACGGAGAGCCUUUUUCAGCCCCGACCCAGAACAACAAUUCCGACGGCCCUCCCGCCAUUUCUGUCAACACGCCAGUCUCCGUCUCAGGCGCCAACCAGCGCCGUGGACUGCACACGAGUGCGCGCCGCUUCUCGUCAGAGUCCGAGGUUCCCAAGCCGCCCAAGGAUUUCCGCACCGUGUACUCGGCCGCCAACGCCCCGGCUGAGCCGCUCGCCGACCUUCCCAUGCCCGUUCCCCAGGCGCCUGCCGCUCCGAUCACCGCCUACAAGCCGCUCCCUUCCAUGACGCUUUCGCGCUUGAUCAAGGUCUACGCACAGCUCUCGAAGCGCAACCUCUCGAUCCUCAUGACUCUCACGGCCACCACUGGCUUUGCACUCUCGCCGCUCCCGCUCUCGCUUCCCGCACUGGCUUGCCUCACUGUCGGCACGUUCCUCACCUCGGCCGCAGCGAACACGUUCAACCAGAUCACCGAGGUACCGCUCGACGCGCAGACGCCGCGGACACGUGUGCGCCCGCUCGUCGCGCGCCGCGUCACGCCCUUCCACGCGGCUACAUUCGGUGUGGUCUGCACCGCGCUCGGCGGCACGAUCCUCUGGUUCGGCUGCAACCCCACCACCGCGCUGCUCGGCAUCGGUAACCUCCUUCUUUACGCGGGCGUGUACACGCCGAUGAAGCGGUUCAGCGUCGCCAACACGUGGGUCGGUGCCGUCGUCGGCGCCAUCACCCCCCUGAUGGGUUGGACAGCGACCGGCGGUUCGCUUUGGCCCACCGCCGACCAGCCUCUACUCAUGCACUGGCCGUUUGCUGAGGGAAUCCCCGACCUCCCGAACCCCAUGACUGCGUGGAUGCUUGCAGUUCUUCUCUUUUCGUGGCAGUUCCCGCACUUCAACGCGCUCUCCUAUAUGAUCCGCCCCUUCUACGCUCUCUCAGGCUACCCGAUGCUGAGCGUCCUCAGCCCGCGUCUCAACGCACUCGUCUCGCUCCGGCACGCACUCAUCCUCGUCCCAGUUUGUGCCGUCAUGGCACCGCUCACAGGCUGCGUCGACUGGACUUUUGCCAUCACGUCGGCUUUGCCUAACGCCUACUUUGUCAAGUCGGCAUGGGACUUUUACCGGCGCACCAACGAGGCGACCGCCAAGCGUGUCUUCUUCGUGUCGUUGUGGUACCUCCCUGCCGUGCUGGGCCUCAUGCUCCUGCACAAGAACUUUGGCGGGUGGCUGAAGGCCGAACACGAGUGGGAGCACAGCGAGGAGGGGCAGGCGCAGAUCCUCGCCAUCGAGACUGCGCGAGGGCGAGUGCUCCCCGACCACGGGACCAUUUUCUCACAUCCCAAGGAAAAAGAAGAGUAG